AUGAAUAAACGAAACAUUUGGAAGUAUGACGAAACGAAGGAAAUGCUACAGAUCAUGCAGGACAACAACUAUUCUGGUGCGUUUGGCAGCAAGCACAAACAGAACAUGGAAAUAUUCCGAAAGAUUGAAAACAAGAUGGUAGAGAAUGGGUAUCCCUACAAAAACUACAUGCAGAUCGGUGUGCGAUGGAAAAAUUUGAAAAACCUGUACACGAAAGCGAAGCGUAGCAAUAGCAAAAAUGAACAGCAACUUUUUCCCUUCUAUGAAGAAAUGGACAGUUUGCUGAACCGUUUGUUGAAGAAAACAUCCAACGAAGAAUAUUUAUGCACAUCCGAUCUCGACGAGACAGUCUUUGCAAACGAAAGUUCAACAGAACAGUUAAGUAAUGGAGCGGAAAACGCUGCUCACCAACUAGACACGGAACCGGUCAGUCGGAAAAGCAGACAUACUAUUGAACCAAAAAAUAUGUCUGCCAAUAAAGCGGGGAUACGUUAUGGUUCUGCACAGCUGCACAAAUCCGAUCGGAACAGCAAGCUUAGUGCAACGAUUGCAAUGAGUAAGCAGGAACUUAGCGACGAAUUCUACCGUAGCCAGAAGCGGUUGAUCGAUUACGAAUUCAAUUUGUACGUACGCAAGGAGGAAGAAUUUAUCGAUCGCAUACAACAGACGACGAGAACGAUGCUCGAGGAAAGUAUGGAUACAUUUUUCACCCGCCUAAAGGAUGUGUUGGCCAACCAAUCGGUACAGCACGUGGAGGUAAUCGAAUCAUUUGAGUAA